AAGUGUUAUUUUCUUCGGUGAUUUCUUUUAAUAAAAUCAGUUAGUAGACCCAGAGGUGAAUUAAUAUCGUUUUUGUAAUAACGGUCACAUGAUCAGCUUCCGCCUCCGGAGUGACUGUCACCAUGGAGACGGACCAAGCAGCAGGUCAACUUGGGAAAACUGUCCUAAUGUUUGAUUCUAUUUAACUAAAUUAGUUAAGUUGUUCGGUUAUUAAGAAACAUUGGAAACAUUUUUCUCUCCCUGGAGCCAGAGACAUGUCUCAAAGGGGAUACAGCGAGCUGUGGGCCGACGCUCAGUUAGCGUUGAGCCGCCUGCUAACUGAGGAGCUGCCUGCUGAGCCCGCCCGCCCAGAGAAGGACAGGGUGGUGUUCUUCCAGCGUCUGGCCAUGCUCUAUGUGCGCUACAUCCAAAUCUUCAGACAGCUGGAGGAGGUCUAUGACCAGGUGGUCCACCCUCAGAAGAGACGAGUUGUUCGGGCGAUUCUCGAUGGUGUGAUCGGGAGGGUGUUAGAGCUGAAAAAUGAAAUGGUGGAGAAAGAGUUCUCAGAGUACCACUACAUGGAUGAUGUCCUUCAUGAUUUAAAGCUUACACCUGAAGACCUUGAGAUCCCCAUCCCUCGCUAUUUCCUCAGGGAACGCAACAAGGAACUCCAAGAACGAAAAAAGAUGCUGACAGAAAUUCUUAAAUUGGUGGAGGUUACUAAAAGCCCAGAACCCUUGAUGGCCAAGGACAUGAGUCAGGAGAAGGCCAUUAAGAUCAUUCAAGUGGCAGAGAGGGCCCGACAAGGACGCCUGAGGGCCAAGUUGAAUGAAGAGAGCAGGAACAUGAACAGGAUGUACAGGACCAAGGAACCUGGGACAGACGCCAUUGAGUCGGCCACAGUCUGCAUACAGAAGGUGUGGAGGGGCUACAUGCAGAGGAAGAGGACAAAGAUUGUUCGGGAAGAAGAAAUGAUUUUUCUGGGAAUGGCCAUGGAUCCAAAAUACCAGGUGCCCUGCCCCACAGAAAUCGCUGCCCAGUCCAGUGAGGCUAGCACAAAGAUCAAACAGGAGGAGCACAACGAGGACUACCAGAAGUCUUUAGUGUCCGUCACAAACCAACUACGAGAUGUAGAGGGCUAUGACAUCAGCAAGACCAUGAAAGAGCAGAUCCGACAGUGGUUCAUUGAAUGCCGUGAUACCACAGGGUCGUUUCCAGACUUCCCCGAAGAAGAGGACGGAGGCUCAGCCCUCAUUUUUGCUGAAAAGAACCCUCAGCAGUUAAUGGAGGAAAUUGCUGCAAAGGAAGAUGAUGAAUCCGACAACAAACCAAAGGGGAAGGAGGAGAAGAAGGAAAAGGGGAAAAAGGGAAAGGAUGAUGAGGAUGAAGAGGAGGCAGGGCUGAAGAUGAUGCCUUCGGCUUUUCUGUCAGACUUGGAAAUGGAAAACAAAAUCUUUGAAGGUUUUUGGAAAAACCGAAAUGAGACCAGAAACUUCAGCCAGAGGCACGAGGUGGAGCUGAUCAAGGAGGAAAGGAGGAAAAUGAUUGAGGAAGAGAUUCGAGUGAAGGUGGAUGAGCAGAUGAGACAAGAGCUGGCUGAUUGGAAGCUAGCUGUGGAUAAAGACAAGGGUGGGAAAACCAAAGCCAAUGCUAAGAAAAAGAAAGGAUCUAAGAGUGGGAAGAAGAAGAAAAAGGAGAAAGAUUUAACAGCUGACAGGACUCUGGAGUCUCUGUGUCAGGAGCUGGUGGAGCAGGGCUUGUUGAAACAGGCUAAUAACGUUAGGCUGCAGGAUUACAUGGGUGAUUACAGCUACCUUGGGACCACACUCAGGCAAAAUGACAUCGAGCCCAUGCCAUCACUGUCAGAUGUGCGGCAGGUCUUAUCUCUAUAUGCUGUUUUACCAUUAGGCUCUCAGUAUGUUCAUGAGAAGGCUCCUCUGAUAAAGGCCAUCCUACUGGCAGGGCCCGCAGGAGUGGGUAAGAAGAUGUUGAUCCAUGCAAUCUGCCAGGAGACGGGAGCCAACCUGUUCGAUCUGUCCCCACUGAACACGGCAGGGAAGUACCCGGGCAAGAGUGGCCUCGCCAUGAUGCUCCACAUGGUGUUCAAGGUUGCAAGAUUGCUGCAACCUUCAGUAAUAUGGAUCGAAGACGCAGAGAAAAUGUUCUACAAGAAGGUUCCCAAGGAAGAAAAAGAGUUAGAUCCCAAGCGCUUGAAGAAAGACCUGCCAAAGUCUCUGAAGUUGAUCAAAGGGGAGGAUCGUGUUCUGAUAGUGGGAACAUCCACAGACCCGCUGAAUGCCGACAUCAAGUCACUUUGUAAAAUGUACAGCAAGAUCAUUCUCAUCCCAAGACCGGACUACGGCUCAAGAUGCAUCCUGUGGAACCGACUGAUUAGGAAGCAGGGCGGGGAUGUGACCAGGGCGCUGGACCUCGGCUCUCUUGCGAAGAUUUCUGAUGGCUACACACCCGGUCACAUGGUCCAGGUGAUCCAGAGCAUCGUCACCAAGCGCCGCACCCUGCAGCAGGCCAACAGACCGCUGACGGCCGCAGAGUUUGUGGCUCCACUAGCCAAGAUUGACCCUGUGUUUCAGGAGGAAGAAGAGGCCCUCAAGAACUGGUAUGCAAAGACCCCUCUGGGAAAGAAGAGGAUUAAAGCUGCGACAGGAAAGGAAGAAGAGGAGGCACCAGUCGAAGGCAAAGAUGCAAAAAAGAAAGGGAAAAAAUAAGUUUAACAUGUUUUUGACACAACUGAAUGUAGUAACAUAUUUUUUAAGCUUGUAUGUGAAUUGCCCUCUGACGACUGUCCCAUUUACUUUGUUCUAAAUGAA